CGGCCCAUCGCAUAACCAGUAAGUUGUAAUGCGCAAACCAAAUCGUCGAAAUGGUUCGCGACGAAUUCUCCUUGUUGAACUUUUAAUUUCCAACUAUACCGACUCAUGAGUUUUGCCGUAGUUUAGUCGAAUACAUAUUUAAUAUCGCGAAGUGUUUGACAUGUCGAAAAUCAUGAAACGUACCGUUUUUGAUAUUCCAGCGUCGUUGCGCAUCACGUUCAGCGGACCGACGGCGUAUCAAGUGCGCACCGCACACAACGUCCGGGCGCCGCGUAUCAAAUAUCCGUUAUGGUAUUUGCAACGGGAGCGGGCGAAAGACGACCAACAGCUUACCGGAGACAACCGGUCCUUCAUCAAGGAGGCCGUGCACGACAAGUUCGGCAUGCCGGCGGUCAUUCACGGUAUAUCUACGUACGACGUGCGGUCCCCGUUGAACGAAGAUUCCAUCGAGUGCGCGAACGUCGAAUGGAAUCCCAAUUUCCAACGCACCGGACUCAUUGCUCGCAAGCUGGGAAACUAUCCGAUGUGGUUGAACAACGGUAAGAGCGUGCUCACUACCCUUCUGCAAGUCAUUGACAACCAUGUAAUCAAAUACAUCCCGCCCGGCGAAUUCGAUCCGCCGAGAAAACCUUAUACGUGCCCUAACCACAAGAAACAACUAGGUUGUCUGUUGGUGGGCGCCGAGAGCGCCGAUCCCCAAUAUUUUACGAAACAAUAUUGUGGAUUAUUUUAUAGGGAGGGUAUGAUGCCAAAAAAAUACCUCGGCAGGUUCAUGGUUUCUCCGGAAGCUGCUCUACAACCUGGUACGCCACUCUUGGCUUCUCACUUUCGGCCAGGAGAUUUUAUCGAUGUACGUGGAAAAACCAUUGAUCGAGGAUUUCAAGGUGUGAUGAAACGGCAUGGUUUUCACGGUAUGCCUGCUACCCAUGGUGUAACCAAAUCUCAUCGUCGAGGUGGUAAUGUUGGCCACGGCGGCGAAAAAGGUAGAAUAUUUCCCGGAACAAAAAUGCCCGGACAUAUGGGUAAUAGAUACAGAUUACACAAGGGAGCUGAAAUUUUAAGAAUCAACCACAAAUAUAAUGUCAUAUGGGUAAAAGGAGUAGCAUCACCGGGAGAAACAAAUUCAAUAGUUUAUUUGUACGAUACUAUACUACCAUUAAGAAAGCACAAGUCACCACCACCAUUUCCAACAGCCAAAGUUGUAGAUGAUGAUCAGUUAAUAGAUUCAUAUAAAGAAAAUUUAUACAAAUUCACUGACCAAACUAUAACAUUUGAAGAAGACAAAUAAAUGUAUUAUGUAUGUAAAAUAGUUAGUUUUAAUAUUUUUGUGAAAGUAAAUUGUUUUUUACAGAUCUAAAAAACCAUAUUCAUAGAAUGAGAAAAUCUGUUAUAUUAUUCUAAAUUAUAUUUUCAUUAAAAUAAUAAUAAUAAAAAAAAAGAGUAAAUAGUAA